AAGAAAGCAAAUCAUCUGUAUUUUUCUGUGGGUGUAAAUUGAUUUCUAAAUCAUACGUUUGUUUCUAUAAAGUAUUGCGACAUGUUUCGUACAUCCGUAUUCGAUAAAAGUUUGGAAAAUGCCACCAGCAAUCUCAACCUGGAACCCGACUGGCAGGCGAUUUUGGUCAUUUGCGAUACGAUCCGGCAAGGCGAUGUGAACGCAAAGUACGCAGUGCAGGCGUUGAAAAAGAAGAUGCAAUCGCCGAACCCGAUUACGGCCAUGUACGCGUUGCUGGCGUUGGAGAGUAUCGUGAAAAAUUGCGGCACACCCGUGCACGACGAAAUUGCCAACAAGACGAACUGUGAGGUGUUCCAGACUCUGGUCAACACCACAAAGCACGAGGAAGUUCGGGCCAAAAUGCUCGAGCUAAUUCAGGCUUGGGCAUACGCUUUUCGGUCGACCAUAAAAUACCGCUCGAUAAAGGACACGAUGAACAUUCUAAAAACGGAGGGCCAUAAGUUCCCCGAGCUGAAGGAAGCGGAUGCAAUGUUUUCGUCCGAUAUCGCACCGGAUUGGGUCGAUGGAGAAGUUUGCCACCGGUGCCGAUCGCAGUUUACGUUCACCGUCCGCAAGCACCACUGCCGGAACUGUGGGCAGGUGUUUUGUGCUCAGUGCUCGUCGAAAAACAGCACGCUACCGAAGUUCGGCAUCGAAAAGGAGGUACGCGUGUGCGAUGGAUGCUUCGCGCAGCUCCAGCGCCCGAUGGCUACCCUAACGAAAAAAUCCACCGAAGAGGAGGACCUCCCGGCGGAAUAUCUGAGCAGCUCGUUAGCCCAGCAAGCACAGGGUCCGGCACGCAAAACGGACGAAGAGCUACGCGAAGAGGAAGAACUCCAGCUGGCCCUUGCCCUCAGUCAAUCGGAAGCUGAAACGAAACAGAACACGUUGGCGCGUCGAAAUGUAACUCAGCACAAGACCCGUGAUUCACCGGAGCCGCAAAUGCCACAGGCACAGGUUAAACGGAGCCCCUCACCCGUCGAUGAUCCUCCGGCCGAUCCGGAGUUGGCCCGUUACCUAAACCGGAACUACUGGGAGCAGCGGCAGGUGAUUGACUCACCGGCAUCCCCGUCGGCUCCGAGCCCAAUGCCAAGCCCGAUGCCGUCGAUGCAGCUGAGCCUGCUGACGAAGAGCGCACCAGAGGAUGCGGAAAUAGACGACUUUUCCAACUCGAUGAAAACGCAGGUGGAAAUAUUCGUGAAUCGCAUGAAAUCCAACUCGAGCCGUGGCAGGAGCAUCUCGUGCGACAGCGCCGUUCAGACGCUGUUCAUGAAUCUGACCUCGCUGCAUGCUCGGCUGCUCACGUUCAUCAAGGACAUGGACGACAAGCGCAUGUGGUACGAGCAGCUGCAGGACAAGCUGACGCAAAUCAAAGAUUCGCGAGCGGCGCUGGACGUGUUGCGGCAGGAGCACCAAGAGAAGCUGCAGCGCAUCGCCGAAGAGCAGGAACGCCAGCGUCAGUUGCAGAUGGCCCAGAAGCUCGAGAUUAUGCGCAAAAAGAAACAGGAAUAUCUGCAGUAUCAACGGCAAGUCGCGGUCCUGCGCAUCCAAGAGCAAGAACGUGAGAUGCAAAUGCGUCAAGAACAGCAGAAGGCGCAGUAUCGCAUGGGGACAGCUUUCCCGUUCAUGACGGCUGGACCGGCACCGGGUCAAGGACCGCAGGGAUCUCCGGUGCACGUCGGUGGCGUUCCCGGAGGCUACGGACCGGCCGGUCCCGGUUACGGCCCGUACGGUCCAAUGCCUUCGACAAAUGGAACGCUUCCGCACUAUCACGGUGGUCCGACACCUCAGCAACAACCUCCGCAACAACCACAGCAGAUAUUUUCACCACAGCACACGGGGCAGUACGGGAUGCCAGGUGCUACGGCACCGGGAGCGGAUGGCCAAGGUCCGAUGCAGCAGGGUAUGAUGCAACCUCCGCCCGGUGGUCCUGGAAUUAUCCCUCCACCAGGCAUGAAUGUGAUGCCGGGACAGGUUCCACCACCUGGCGCCAUGAGUAUGCCGGCGGGAUCCCAUAUGCCAGGCGCCCCGAUGAUGGGUCCACCUCAAGCCCCUCAGCCACAACAGCCUCAGCAACAACCGCCUCCGCAGCAACCCGGUUUGAUGGGAGGCAAUCCGAUGCAACACCAGGCCGACCAUCAACAGCAACCCGCACAGGCACCUCCAGCAUCGAUGGUUCCUCCGCCCGAGCCGGUUCCCGUUCCUGCUGCGGCUCCCGCUCCCCAGCAGCAACCUCAACCGGUUCCGGCGAAUCCCGAACCGGCAACGGCAGAACUGAUCAGCUUCGAUUAAUAACGCGGAGAUAAUGGAGUGCCCUUUGGGUUCCGUCGGGGCACAGGGCAGCUGUUCCGAGAACGUUUUGUAUUCCCUUGCAAUCUAUCUUUCCUUUAUUGUCGUUAUGAAUAUCACGUAUGACGCUUGGCGAAUAGGAAAUUGAUAUUGUAUCUCGUCGCCAUUCGCUACAAUGCUAAU